GCCCUGUUAGGUUUAGGGUGAGAUGGUUGGUUAAAUGUUUAAGGUUAGAAAAAAAUAUCAGUGGCAGAGCUAAUCAGAGGCACGGUAGGCGUGUCGUAUGGGUGAAAAAAUAGCUUCUUGUCCCCAAACCGGAACUGGGCACGGAAUUAACGACAGAAUAUGUAUUUAUAAUUUAGUGAACAGAUUGAUUAUGGGAAUCAGCAGAAUGAGCUAAACUAAAUGAAUUAAUCUCUAUUUCCGGACACUGUGACCGACCGGAGACAAGGACGCAGGACGAGGAGCCCUUGACCAGUCCCUGAUACAGUGGCAGCAGAACAGAAGGAUGAGCCCACUGCACAGACGGCUGAGUCAGCUGCUUGGAACAUGGAAGUGGAAAAGCAUGGUGGAGUUUACUCAAUACCCAGCAACUGGCCUUUACUGCAGCACCUUCUGCUCCACCACUUCAGAACCAGUAGAACCCAUAGAGAUCCAUAAGAGGAAGCUCUUCUUGUGGUUCAGCCACCUUCCUCAGGAAGAGAAACAGUUUGGUGGUUGCUUCAGCCCAGAGACCAUGCAUGUAGAUCCACUGAUCCUGGAAAGAAAGGCUGAAGAAGUUGGAGGACUGCUCAGCUCCCCUCUCCAAAUCCAGACCCCCUCAGGCCCCUCUUUGACGGUGGAACAGCUGUUUGAUCCCACUGAUGCCUGGAGUGUGGGUCGGGGACUCAAUGUGUUACUAUACGGAGCUGUAGGAACAGGGAAAAGUACAGUUGUCCGAAAGCUGGUGCUGGAUUGGUGUGCUGGGAGCACCCUGAGCCACUUUAAACUGCUUAUUCCUUUGUCUUGUGAGGACCUUGGCCAACUGUCAAAGUCGGCUUCUUUAAGGGACCUUGUGAGCAGGAAGUACUUCCAUCUGAGAAAACACCCAUUGCUGAGUGGUGAGGCAAACCAGGCCAAGGAUGUGCUCUUCCUUUUCAAUGGAAUGGAGAAGUUGAAAUUGGACUUCCGGAUUGGGGCCACAGAGCUUUGCAGUGAUCCUAAUGAGGCACUGCCUCCAAGUGUUGUGGUGGUGAACCUGCUAAGGAAGUACCUUCUGCCUGAGGCCAGCAUCUUGGUUACCACCAGACUGUCUGCCCUGGACCGUAUCCCUCCGAAGUAUGUAAGUCGCUAUGCUCAGAUUUGUGGCUUCAACGAUCCAGACCGCCAACGGGCGUACUUUACCAGCCGCCUACUGCAGCAGAGUAGAGAAAUCAUAUGUAAACAUGAGGCUCAGGCUCUUAUAGAGCUUCUCUACCUCAACCUUCAGAGAAAAAGCCAGCUGGCUGCAGCCUGCUUCCUCCCAUCAUACUGCUGGCUCACAUGUGCUACCUUACACUUCCUGCAUUUCACAGACACCAAGGCGCCCAUCCGCACGUUAACGGACAUUUACACCAGUUUCCUCAGGCUCAACUUUGGAGGUGAGGUGCUGGGCACAGGGACAGGGACAGGGACAGAUAUACCCAUUCAGGAGCGCCACAGUUCUCUGAUGUUGUAUGUGGUUCGUACAGUUGGUAAACUUGCGUUUGAUGGUGUGACAUAUAAGCGCACAUCAUUCUCAGAAAAGGAACUGGAGCAGUGGAUAGGGGGGGAGAUGAAGACGGAUGAGGAGCUAUGUCAGCUGGCUGUGUUUCGGACUGAUGUGCUGGACUUCUUCUUGGCUCCUUGUGUAGAAAGUGGCAAGCAUUUACCAGAAGAAUUCAGCAAAAGUGAUGAGAGGCGAUAUGUAUUUGCUGUCCCAGCUAUGCAGGAGUACCUGGCGGCUCUUUACGUGGUUCUAGGAGAGAACAAAUCAGCUUUGGAGAAGCUGACCACACAAGUUUCUUUGGCCAUUGGUCAGGCAAGUGAGGAUGUCAGUGCCCUUGUCAACAUCUUUUCUAAGUUCAUCCCUCUUCGAAUCUUUGCUGUAUUUAACCUCCUUAAGCUUUUUCCAAAGCUCUAUGAGAAAAUCAUCAGUCGCAACAAAGGCAGCAUUGCAAGAACCAUGGCAACUGAGAUGUUCCGUACUGAGGAUAGCUAUAACGAGGAUGUCCUAGAUCAGGUGGAGCAAAGCCUCCUGGGAGUCCAUGGACCACAUCCACGCCAGUACAGUGAAGGCCAGCCUUUUGAGCUCUACCCUAUCUUCAUGGGUGGACUGUUGCAUUAUGGUAACCGUGUUCUUCUCCAGCAACUUGGCUGCAGCAUUCAGAGCACCACUGUGGCCCAGAUCACACGUGCGCUGAGGAAGUACCUUGUCAGAGAGCUCAGCAAACCACAGCCACCAGAGGAACUGAUGGAUCUAUUGGUCCUUCUGUAUGAGUUUCAGAAUCCCAGACUGACUGCGGAGGUUCUGGCCUCUAUCAGAACCAUCCGCCUCACCAACAUUCGCAUGACAUCACUCAAAUGCUUUAUACUGAGUACUGUGCUUUCGUGCACCCCUGCAAGUUAUCACCUUGAAGAACUGGACUUGUCCUCUUGUCUUCUGACUCAUGACAUGCUUCACAUGCUGUGGCCUGCCUUCAGACACACACAUAACCUCAAUCUACAGUUUAACAGCCUGGGUCCUAAGUCCUGCAUCUUCUUGAGAGAUCUGCUACUAGACCCCAAGAGUUCUAUUAGAUCUCUACAACUGUGUGGCAACCCUUUGCUGGAGUCUGGAGCCCACACCCUGCUGGAGGCACUGCCAGAAAACCAGUCCCUGACGCACCUGUCCCUGAUGCACACUGGACUUGGGGACCAGGGGGCCCUGGAGCUGGCUCAGAGGCUCCAGGGCCACACACUCCAGGAGCUCAAUGUGGCCUAUAAUAACAUCGGAGAUAAUGCUGCUCUGGCUCUGGUGGAUGCCUGCAGGGAACACCCCAGCAUCCACACUGUACACUUGUAUCUGAAUCCUCUCAGCGAUGUGGGGAAGCAUUCCCUGUAUGACCAAGGUGCUCCCAAGAGCUGCAACAGCAGUGGCCGGCAGGUCAGGGUCUUGGCUUCAGUCACUGAAGGCUCAGACAUCUCAGAGGACUGGCACCCUAUCCUCAGUGUGAUACGAGAGAAUGCCUCCUCCUGGGACUGCGAACGCGUCAAGCAGCAGCUUCAGAUUUUCCUUAGGGAUCUGGAGUGAGGACGUAAGCAGCAGCAGAGCCUCUGGAAGAGACUGCACUUCCGCAGAGUGGAGAGGGGAGUCCGGCAGACUCUGAAGAUGCUAGAGAAAGACGCUCUACCUCCUUCCGCGGGAUAAACCCAGUAACCAGUUUAAACGAAAAAGUGACAGGGCAGUGAAUGUCUUCAGCAUCGCAUCUCGCAUCUAUCUGAAUGGAUCCACACAGGAGAAAAAUCUGCAGCAGGAAAAUCUACAGCUUCAUUAUUGUAAACAAGAUAAUUUUAACAAUAUCUACACAGCAAUUUAAACAUAGAGUUCAGGACUUUGUUCGAGCACUUGCUCAACUUUCAACUGACAGAGAACUGAAUCUUCCCAUGCUGCAAGGAUCAAACAUAACUGCAAUUCAGUCAGUACACACUCAACAAGGUUUUGACCAUUUAUUGCAUGCAACAAUAUUAUAUUUAGCAAUAUAUUAAUAACAUUUAUUUUGAUUUUAGUUUGGUGAUGUGUAUGCACAGGUGUUGCUCUGAACAAAUCUAAAUAUGUAUUGUUUCAAAUAAGGCUGUUAUGAACAUCCAACUGAUGGUGUUUAAGUAAAAUCUCUGACAAAUGAAUGCCUUCCUCUCAGACAAACUGAGAUGACAAAAUCAACUGCAAUCAGACAAACAGCUAUUACAGAAAUAAGUCUACAUAACUGAAGUUAUCCUGUGAGCCACAUGUGGCUCAACAUCAGUGCCUGACCUGUACAUUGCUCUCCUCCAUGAAUGGGCAAACAUUUCCACAGAAACAUAGAAAAACAAAAUCUUGUGGAAAGCUUCCCAAAAAAGUAGAGGCUGUUAGCUGCAAAGCUGUCUUUGUAUUUAAAAUGCAAUGUCAUUAAAUUUCCUGUUGGUGUAAUUGACCCAAUACUUUUGUUUAUAGUGUAUGUUGAUUCUAAGAGUCACUGUUUAACCUUGAUACUUUUUGGUAGUGACUGAAAUGUGUCUUUAGCACCAAGUAUCAAAAACUGACAGAUACCAAAGAUGAUUGCAUCAAAUGUCUACUGUACUGCUACUCGUUUUUAGGCAACAUUUGAGAGCUUUGGCUUUGUUAUGAACAGGAGUAAAUGAACAAAAAGGUUUUGCCGAAAAACAUGUUUAAAGUUAGGUGUCAAAAAAUAUAAUUACUUAACUAGGGUAUAAAAACAUUUCAGACAGUAUACAUCCGAAUUGUAAAUCUUUUUUUCUAAAGGUAAAUAUCUGCAUACAGUUACGUGGGGAUUUGCAUUUCAUAGACAGAUCAUGGAUGAUGUAGUUCUGUCUUAUUUCACUAUGUAUCUUCUCAGUACAAAAUGAUGUGAUGCAUGUUCUGUCCUGCUUAUGAGAAGAUCAGCUUUUAUAACUGACCAGUGCUGUAAUAUCGCUGAUUGAGUGUAACUCAAAUCUGUUGCAUUACAUAUUAUGCUGCGAAUGGUGUUCUGUUAGUUAUUAUUGUUAAAAAAAAAAAAACUAGUAUAAGAUUAACUAUAAGAUGACCUAACUGCCUUAAAUGUUUUGCAAGUGUUUUGGUCAAGUACUGGACAAUUAAAAUGUUCUGGUGGUUGAGA